ACUUGAAAAACCAGUCCAUUAGGCGGUUUCGCGCUCCGCCUGCUGGAGAGAAUACAUGUUUCACUCUUCACGUGACCAAAAGAGAGCAAGAGACACGACCGUAGACUAUAAAAGGACACGACCUUAUUUUUUUUAAAGUCUCAUGGACACGACGUUACCAAAAAGCUGAUUAUAACUGGUUAUAAAACAUUUUCUCCGUCACAUCAAUGACUAUGGAUGUCAGAGCUGUUCUGGAGUUUGCCACAGUUACCAGGGGUCUGUCGUUGUUUUUGCAGGCUGUCUUCAAUGCUGUCAUCCCUGACCAUGAUGCUGAUGCGUUCAGACCCCCACGGACAGAGGAGCCUCUGUACUUGGACUCCGCAGUGGAGUGGUUGCUGGGUGGCCUCUCUCACUGGGAUGCCGAGCACUUCCUCUUCAUUGCCGAGAGAGGAUACCUUUAUGAGCACAACUUUGCUUUCUUCCCCCUCUUUCCCGUCAUCCUCCGAGGGCUGGCCGAGACGCUGCUGUGGCCCCUGAGCAGCUGGCUGAGUGUGCGGGGGCGUUUGCUGGUGGCUGCGGCUCUGGGGAACAGUGCCCUCUUCCUGCUGAGUGUGGUCGCCUUGUACGCGCUCAGUAGGAUAGUUCUUCAGGACAGGCGUCUUGCUCUGCUCUCCAGCCUGCUGUACUGCAUCACGCCUGCCAAUGUUUUCAUGACUGCUGGAUACUCCGAGAGCCUGUUUGCUGCGCUCACAUUUGGUGGUCUGUUCCUCCUGGAGAAAGGAUUCACCUUCCGAGCCUGCCUGGCUCUCAGUAUAGCCACUGCAGCACGAUCUAAUGGACUUGUUAACAUAGGGUUUCUACUCUAUCUUCCAUCACUGCACGCUAUUUCCCAAAUUCGUGUAUAUCGAACCACUACAAAAGGCCACAGUAAAGUCUUCCAUUAUAUCUGGGCCAUCAUCCGUCUCCUGCUUACCUCCCUCUUGGGAACUGCAAUUAUUGCCCUUCCCUUCUUUGCUUUCCAGUACUAUGGGUAUAGGACGUUUUGCACACCAUCGGUCUCCUUGGAACGGAUCCCCCCUGCUCUUCUGUCGCUGGCUGAACUGAAGGGCUACCGGGUUCCAGAUGAAAAUGGUCCACCGCCCCUCUGGUGCAUGAGACCUCUCCCACUGCUUUAUUCUCAUAUCCAGGAUGUUUAUUGGGAUGUGGGCUUCCUCCGCUACUUUGAGCUAAAGCAGAUACCAAACUUUAUUCUGGCUCUACCUAUGGCUACCCUCGGCAUAAUGGCAGCAUAUGCAUAUUUUCAAGCCAAUCCAGAACUGUGUCUGAGACUCGGGCUUUGGGAGACAGAUGCAAAUAAACGAUUUGACAAACCUACACCAGGAUUGUUCAAUCCCAGAGUGUUCGUGUAUGUUGUACAUUCAACAGUACUUCUGGUGUUUGGAACAUUGUGCAUGCAUGUGCAGGUUCUAACCAGAUUCAUGGCCUCCUCGUCUCCCGUGCCCUUCUGGAUAAGUGCACACCUGCUUCUCCUCAAUGAACCACUUCUUCAUCGAAGAAAGACCUCAAAUCCCAAUGUACAGCUACAGACACAUUCCAGGAAUGGAUGCAAGCACACACCUCAAAACCCCAUCAUUGCACUUCUGCCACACUUUAAAACCUGUUCUCCUACCACACAGAGCAUCCUGGGAUACUUCCUCUCUUACUGGGUGCUGGGCCUGGCACUGCAUUGUAACUUCUUGCCAUGGACAUGACUUAAGCUUUAAAUGCAAUAUCUCUAUUAAGGACUGGGCUAUACAUCAUGUUUACAUCACACACACACACACACACACACACACACACACACACACACACACACACACACACACACACACACACACACACACACACACACACACACACACACACACACACGUUUUACAGUACAUCAACAGACCAUUUUUGUUUUGGCACUAAUUGUUGAAAAUGAACUCAUUGACUUCAAUUUGGGUAAAUAAAUGCAAUGCAAAAAAAGUAAAAGUACUUGUAUUUAUGUCGCCCUGUCCUACAUUGAACUUACUGACAUGCCUACAUUUUUUAUGCAGAUUUACUCAUGCAAUAGUCAACUAAUUUGACUUGGAUUUUUAACAGUUAGAGAACAAACUCAAAUGUACAAUACUCCUUGAAACUUUAUUGAACACUGUUUAGCUGUAAAUAUUGGGGAAGACUAUGCUUGUACUUGAAAAUGAAAACAUUUUUUGUUUCUUGCUGAGGUCCUGCUGAAGAAUAACAUUUUAUUUACUCUACUUUAAUAUUGCAUGUUUCGAAGAAUUAUUCCAAGUUAUAGUUUGGGAUUUUUGAAUGUGAAUGAACAAAAAAUAAAAAUGUUGUUGCUGUUUAAGGGUCCUAAAUUUAGUUUUAUUUUCAUGUAGAAGUAAUCCUUUUUUUGAGGCAUUAAUGUAAAACUGCUAUAUUAAGUUUUGUUGUAAAGAACAUUGGCCACCAAAGUUACACUGGCAAGUUUACCCUUGAAUUAAAUA